GCAAGCGACUCCACGGGAGCGAGCACUGCUGUAGAUUACACACCGGCUAGGGAAGAGCAGGACGGACUGGAACGCCGCUCUCCGACAAACCUGACAAGUAGGGAAAUAGUUUCACGCGGUGGCCGGUCGACGGGGAAGUUUACUGGGAGUUUAACUACACCCGGGAGCACCGUCGUGUCGGUGUGUUCCCCCCUGGGAGCCAGCGGAGGAGGUCUACUGAUGAAGACAUGGUAAUAAAUAUUUUUCUUUUGGGGUGAACAGCCUGGUGGAUAGUAAGAGGCAUCAUGGCAGAUCUGCCUAUUGCCCCGGGCCAGAUCUACAUCGAGGUAGAAUACGACUAUGAGUAUAAGUUUAAAGACCGGCUCAUUAAGAUCCAGCAGGGGGAAUGCUACAUGCUAGUCAAGAAAACUAAUGUGGAUUGGUGGCAGGUGAAAAAAGAGGAGGCGUCUAAAGCUUUUUAUGUACCUGCUCAAUAUGUCCGAGAAGUCCGCAAAGCUCUCAUGCCACCCCCUAAACCAAUCCUACAUCUUCCGAGUGCUACUGGUAAUCCAUCUUCACAAAGUGCAGGUGCACGCUGGGUAAAACCAAACAAUCUGGAUCUGGGACUCAACAAUCAUCCCGCUGAGAACCUUCACAGAAACGAGUCCAACUAUCAGCGCUCCCCUUCAGCACAAACUGGAAACACGGCUAAAUUCACUCCCCCGAUUCAGCGCAGGGACAAUAACCACCAUCAUGCCCCCACCUUUCCCACUGACCAUGACAAAGCUCUGGCUGAAGCUCUCCGUGGUGGUGUCCCACCACCCCCUUACAAAGGUGGGUCCAGCACCCUGCCCCGCAGUCAAGCCAGAUCCCCAGAACUGGUCAGGGCGACGCUGGACGUGGACACCACCCAAUAUUGUGACUCUGCGGGCGAAGAUAGACGUACAAAUGAC